GCUCCGAAACAGACCCUCUCCGCCCGCUCCUUCUCCUGCGUCGUCGAUCGUUUUCAACUUUAGCAGUCUUCGUAAGUGAUUGACUUCAAUAUUGCUCAGAAGUCAGAACAUUGUAUCAAAGUUACUAAAUUAUGAUAUGGAUGGAGGUGAAGUUUCUGCUGAUUAUAUUAUAGCCAAAUUAAUUGACAUGGGCUUUGAGUUUUCUAAAGCUAGUGAAGCUGUAGAACUUGUUGGUCCAUCACUUGAUCGUGCUGUGGAGUUUAUCUUGAGUGGUUCCUCUAAGAGCGAUAAUAAAGGGAAUUUGCAGGCUCUUAGCAGUUCAAGAAGUCAAAUCUUUGACCAAGGCUAUGCGCCCUCUUACACUUCAAAUAGAAGGAAACAAUCGAGCAUAAAAGAUCAUCUUCACCCAUUGCAUAGGAUAAAAGGAAAUGUUUCUUCUAACUCUUCCUUUUCUAGCACUUAUGGAAGAAGCAGUUUAAAGUGCAAGGAAUUAGAUCAACAGGAUAUUUCCAAUAUUGAUACCACUUUGAAAGUGGAUUUUCCUUCAGAAUACAGUCAACAGGUAACUGAAAAUGGUGUCAAUUCUACAGCGUUAGUUUCACAAGAAAAAUGUAACUCUCAGUCUCAUAGUUUGCACAAUCAAGAAGUCAAAUUAGAGUGGGAACAAAAAGUUGGUGAUAUUUUGCACAAGCAUUUUGGCUUUUCAUCCUUAAAGGGUUUUCAAAAGAAAGCUUUGGAUGCAUGGUUAGCUAACAGAGACUGCCUUGUUCUUGCUGCUACUGGAUCAGGCAAAUCUCUCUGUUUUCAAAUUCCAGCAAUUAUGACAAGCAAGGUUGUGAUUGUUAUUUCACCACUGAUAAGUUUGAUGCAUGAUCAAUGCUUGAAACUGGCGAAAUAUGGUGUAUCUGCAUGCUUCCUUGGGUCUGGACAAUCUGACAACAGUGUUGAGCACAAAGCCAUGUGUGGUGCAUACAAGAUUGUUUAUGUUUGCCCUGAGACAAUAUUAAGGCUUGUAGAGCCACUUAAGGGUCUUGCAGUAAAUCCUGGGAUCGCACUGUUUGCUAUUGAUGAGGCUCAUUGUGUUUCUAAGUGGGGUCAUGAUUUUCGACCUGAUUACAGGCGAUUAAGUGUGCUGAGAGAGAACUUCACACAGUUCAAUAUUCCCUUGAUGGCAUUGACUGCUACUGCAACAAAUCCUGUCCAGGAAGACAUUUUGAAGUCAUUGCACAUGUCAAAAGAAACAGAGAUUAUACUGACUUCUUUUUUCAGACCAAAUCUUCGAUUUUCAGUUAAACACAGUAGAACAUCUUCAGUGUGUUCAUACUGUAAAGACUUUAAGGAGCUGAUACAAGCUUACACAGCUACAAGGAUGGCAAACAGAAGAAAACAGAAAGCUAGUGCCAUUGAUAAUGAUAACUCUGACACCAAUUCUUCAGAUUAUGUUAAAUCUGCUGGAGAAGAAACUUCACUAUCUAAUAGUGAGGAUGAUGAGGGUGGCAGCACAUAUAAAAAUUGGGAAGUCAAUGGGUCUAAUGAUUAUGCAUCUCUUGAAAAGAUUCAACUGACUGUUGAGUAUCUAGAAGAUGAGCUGGACAUUCCUUCGUUUUCAGAUGAUUUUGAUGUUUCUUGCGGUGAGUUUCCUUCUAUUGAAUCCGAGAAUUUGAAGACUUUUGACACAUCCAAAUCAUUUGAUAUGCAAGUGUCUUUGGAAGAAGGUCCAACAAUUAUCUAUGUUCCUACUCGAAAAGAAACUUUAAGGAUAGCAGAUUAUCUUUGUAAGUUUAAUGUCAAGGCUGCAGCGUAUCAUGCAAAGCUACCAAAAAGCCAUCUGAGACAUGUCCAUCAUGAAUUUCAUCAAGGCUCUAUACAGGUUGUUGUAGCAACAAUUGCUUUUGGAAUGGGAAUUGAUAAGUCCAAUGUUCGAAGAAUCAUCCAUUAUGGAUGGCCACAGAGUUUGGAAGCAUAUUAUCAAGAAGCUGGUCGAGCUGGGAGAGAUGGAAAACUCUCAGAUUGCACUUUAUAUUCAAAUCUAUCGCGAAUACCAACGCUUCUUCCUAGUCAAAGAAACGAUGAACAGACAAAACAAGCAUAUAAGCUGUUAUCUGAUUGUUUCCGGUAUGCUAUGAACACUACUACUUGCCGAGCCAAAGCAUUAGUGGGAUACUUUGGGGAGGAGCUUGACUGUGAUGGAUGCCACUUAUGUGACAUCUGUGUUGCUGGACCUCCCGAGAUACAAAAUAUGAAGGCUGAAGCAGAUGUUUUCUUAGGGGUGCUAAAAGCUGAACAUUUCUAGACCAUAGCUCGGCAAGUUUACUAAGAAACGAACAAAACUUGCAGCCCUAUGUUUCGAUACUGAGGUGGCUACUAUGAAUCUAUUAUUAUUAGUUUUUCAUUAACAGCUAUAACCUACAUAAGUUUUAUAUUUAGCUAUUUUGCAACCUAUGUGAUAGGAUCAGUGGUGUAACUGGAGGGGAAAUAACUGAAUCUGAAAUUCAGAACAACUCAAGUACAAGGAUUAAAUAUGCAGUGGAAAUGUAAAUCAAAAUACAAUAAUGCUGAUAAAUUAUUUAAUGUGGCUUGAAUCGCUGGUUUUACUUCAUGACCUAUUGCCUUUUUUGGUGAGUCACCCCUCGAAAAUCUCACUAAUACUCCAUUAAUACUAUUCUACAUUUUUUUUACAAGAUAGAAAGCAAGUAAAGCAUAAAAGAAGAGGUUUGUAAGAAAAUUGAAACCUUACAACAACUUGAAGAUAGAAGCAUUAAACUCUUGGGGUUCAACAAUAAUAGUAAAAACUAAAAAAAAUUAGAGUGUGGAAUUUGACAUUAGAAUUGUUGUGGAGAUUGUCCCUUGCCCCUUUAUUUAGAAAGUGCUCAAAUUGAGCUUGAAUAAGCUUCACACAACCGUUCUAUUUAAUUCCAGCCAACUCAAAUCUUCGCUAGAUGAUUAAAACGUUGAUUAUGAAAAUCUUAUCUACUAGCAGCUAUUUUUCAAUUGACUCAACACUUGUCGUGCUAACACAAAUCCAUUUUAGUCGAAUCAAAACCUGUCUUUCAAGUCAAUUGGAUAAGAUUUCCCAAGCUGGUUUGCCAAUGACUCAAAUAUAAGUCAAAUAUAAGCUGGUUCACAUUUCAAUCAACUCAAAUAUAAGCCAGUCAACUCAAUCUCUUUUAGACCACUCAAAUGACUGUUGUUGCAACUUUAUCCUCCAAUGAAUACUUUCUUGAGUCAACUCAAUUCAAACAGAGAGCGACCUGGUUCCAGUAAUCAACUAUUCAAUUUCUCAAACCACUUAAAUUGAUUGAAUUCACAUUCGAUCAACUUAAGCUAAACUAGAACUUUUUUAUUCACAAGCAAAAUGUCUUCAGUUGAUUACCAAGUGGACUUGAUUAUGAUUGAAUCUACUCAUCAAUCUCAACUUUACUCAAGAUUGAUCUCAUUUGUCGAUUACGACCCAUAACACUUAUUCCUUGUCAAAUAUAUGCCUAGGUAAAACCCCUAAGACCAAGAUUACAAGUUCCUCAUAUCUCAAGACUCACAUCUACAAAGAGACCAUGCCUCUAGGUCUUCCUUUGCCAAGAGGCUUGCCUUUGGAUCUUCCUCUGCCAAGAGGUCUCGUCUCUGGGUCUUCUUUAUCUACAAAGAGACCAAGCCUUCAGAUCUCCCCCUGCCAUGAGGUUCCCCUCCGAAUCUUCCUCAUCGACACUUGCUAAUCUUGACCUUUUGAGCAUUCUACCAGCACUUCCAUUUGCCAUUGAUUUCUUAUGCUUUUUUAUUUGUUAACAUCCGAUGAACUUCAUCUGGCAAGUAUCUAGUCAACCUUAAUUCACUUGGACUUUUGCAACCUCAAUGCCCAUUGAAUGGUCAUUGUACCUGUAGUUGCCUAAUCAAGUUCUUGCACUUGCAUACUUGACAAACAAAUCAGAAAUACAAGAUAAGCCUUAAAUCUUUGCUAGCCACAUCAAAACUAGUCAGACUUGUCCACUUGAGACAUUAUAGCACUAACAUGUGUAUUGCUAAUAUUGGACACAAGCUUAUUCAAGAAUGUUACAACCUAUAAUAUCGUUUUGUAUUAGCUAUUUGCUAAUCUUAUUAUUUAGACUUUUUUACACACUUCUAAAGUAUCUCCUGAAAAUGCUACCUCUAUUUAUCUUUGUUACUCAAUUCUGUGGAUAAUCCUUUUGUAUUCAUGUUGACAUGACACAUAUGAGUAUAGGUAUGAAAAACAAGUGCAAAGUGUGAACUUGUCUGCAAAAACAAGAGGAGACUAAGGAACCUUGCCUGCAAGGGUUGUCGAACUUGCCAACUUCAUAAGCAGUGCACAUCACAUGGGGGGAAAGAGGAUUUUGAUUGC